AAUUAUUCAGUCUGUCGUAUGCUACUUGUAGAUGGGCUCUCCUCCGUAUAAAGUCAAAUCGGUCGCUGUGAUCGGGGCCGGGGCCGCUGGUGCGGCGUGCGCAGCGGCUCUGAAAGCCGAAGAGUGCUUUGAGACGAUCAAGGUCUUCGAGCGAAGGUCAGGCGCUGGAGGCACCUGGAUCUACGACCCCGACCCGGAACCACUGCCACUGUCCCCAGGAUCUUUACCUCCCGUGCUCGAUCCGCCGAUAGCACUUCCAAAUGGUCCCUUCCCACAAAGGCUGCCGCGUCCGAAGCGCCAGCAACGAUUUGAAAAAACGCCCAUAUACGACCUGUUGACGACCAACGUCCCCGACAUUGCCAUGUCAUUCACAGACCUGUCCUUCGCAUACGGCCCAUUCGCUCCUCACUACAUUCCCAGACAGUAUAUCGAGAACUACUUCUCCCACCAUCGAUCAGAUGGUUACCUGGUUCUCGACACGACCGUGGAAGACGUCAGCCUGGUCGAUCGCACGUCCAGGCGCUGGAGACUGACGUUGAAAAAGACGGAUGGCGAUCACGAAAUCUGGUGGCAAGACGAGUUUGACGCGUUGAUCAUUGCAAACGGUCACUACUCCAUUCCGUUUAUUCCUGCCGUUGAUGGGCUUGCCGAUUUCAUUGCGAGCUUUCCCGGGAGAGUCGAACACUCCAAGACGUAUCGCUCCCCAGGCCGUUACGCUGGUGAAAGAGUCCUCGUGAUUGGGAACUCGUCGUCAGGUCACGACGUUAUCACGCAGCUGCGGGAGUCCGGCGUCUGCAAGCCACCCAUCUACGUCUCGCGACGAUCACGAUCACGCUGGGACGGAGAGAAACCGCCCCCUGGGGUUGCGUGGAAGCCGAUCAUUAGGAGAUAUCACGCAGAAACCGGAGAUGUGGAGUUUGUGGACGGCACGAGGCUGGCGAAUGUUGGGCGCAUCAUCUACUGCACCGGCUACCGGGCUUCGUUUCCAUUUUGGAAUGCAAAAACCAACGGACGACCUCUCUUCGACUACGAGAAAGACCUCCUCAUCAACAACUUUCAGCAUACCUUCUUAACAGACUUUCCUACGCUGGGAAUCGUCGGAAUGCCGCGAGUGCUUACUUUCCGGUCAUUCGAGUAUCAAGCCAUCGCGUUGGCUCGACUGUGGUCCAAUCGAGCCGCCCAUGCACUUCCUGAUUCAGCUGAGCAAAGGAAGUGGCUAGAGCGGCGCGCCGACCUGACACGCCAACAACGGAGGAGGUUUCACGUAAUCGAUUGGGAUACUGGAGAGACUAUGGAGUGGUUUCGAUAUCUGUUCGAGCUCUCUGGUCUGCCGGUGUUGGAAGGAAUCGGGCGCUGUCCGCCAACACUGGGCGCCGCUACGAGAUGGGCUAUCGAGCAUGUCAAGAAAUAUCCGGAACACGAGAAAGACGAAGGUGCUGAAGGCUGGGAAAUGGUCAAUGAAAAGGACACGCUGUGGUUCAUAUAGAGUAGAGCGCUGAAUCUAUGCAUUUUUUUUUUCUU